AUGGGUGAGAAGGAUUGUUAUUUCAAUGAAUGGUUUGAGAUUGACUGCAAAGAAAAUAGAUCUUUUAUUAGUAAAAUCAAAAUGGAGCUCCUCAAUAUUUCUACCGCAGGCUGGGCUAACGUCAAAAGUCCAAUAAUAUCCUCCGAUUGUUCCGACAGGGUGUCCGAUUUGCCUUUCAAUUUGGCGGGAAGUCCUUUCUUCAUUUCCGACUACAACGUAUUCACUGCAGUAGGUUGCAACACCCAUGCUUUAAUGAUCGAUCAAUCUCUCCAACGCCUUGGGUGUGAUUCAAAAUGCCUUAGCCAUAAGAAGGAUGUUGAUUGGAGACAAAUGCUUCCUAAUUUCAUAGAAGAGGAUUCCAGUAGUAAUUAUUUGAUAGCGGACGAUUAUUGUAACGGCACCGAUUGCUGUCAGGUUACAAUACCUUCAUCCCUUCAG